AUGAGCAGAAUGUUCAAGGACGUGCUUCGUGUUUAUCGGCGUGCCUCAACAGGAGCGGAGGCCGGCCUAGCCGCUGUGUGCAGUUCUCCCUUGCACCCAAUCCGACUAAUCGUCUCACGAUUGGUGAAGCAAUGCAGCAGUUCCUCGCCGCCAACGUCGACACCCUCAACGACUGUGCCUCAAAGCUGCGUUCUGCUUGAAGCCGCAAAACUGGUGGCUGAUAAGAGUCAGUCUGUUGCAAUGGCUACACCUCCUACGACUGGUGCGGAUGCAAUCCACCUCCACGAAGGUAACGUGGCGUUAAUUGUCAACCAACACAGUAGAUCCAUGCGUACACUUCGAUGUCGCAAGUGGCGUGAGUGCAGCAGUCCUGUUCUGCCAGCUAUUUAUUCUACACCGACAGGGCAAAGUGCGCUUCAUGUGGAAUUUCUACUAAUUGUAGUAAAUUUGAGCGAUCAAAUCGAGGGAGGAAUCGUAAUUGAAGAAGCCAUCUCCGAUGUUGAUGAAAGAUAUGUGUGUAAAAUAUCAACACUGCCCACAGCUGUUUCCGCAAGUGGAUUCUACCAAGCUUAUGCAACCGAGAGCAUUGCCAUCGAGCCAGGCAGAACUUCUCCAAAUCAUUUGUUAAACCAAGAAGAAAAAGUUUUACUGAAAAAUCGAUGGCGGAGUACCUUAAACGAAGAUGCAGAAAUAGUUAUUUGGGAGUACACUCUUCCAUCAGCAAAUGCUCCACUUGGAAUAUCCGUGGAGACACUGGCCAACAUCGACUGA